AUGACGGACGAACAAGGUGACGGCCCUCAGCCCUACGCCGCAUACCUGCGGACCAUUGUCCAAAAGGGCCUCUUGGCUGGCGAGCUGCCCAUCGUGACGACAAACCCAAACUGGCUCGAGAAACAGGCCAAGGAGAAGAUGACCAAGGCGGGCUUCGAGUACAUCCUUGGCGGAGCGGGAGAGUCGGCGACCAUGGAUGCGAACCGGCUUGCUUUCCGCCAGUGGAAGAUUGUUCCUCGCGUCCUGAGGCCCACGACGCCUCGCGAUCUGAGUGUCACCAUAUUUGGCCAAAAAUACGACGUUCCCGUAUUCAUGGCUCCUGUGGGCGUCAAUUCCCUAUACCACAAAGACAAGGAGAUCGGAGUUGCCCAAGCCUGCGCCGCCUUGAACGUUCCUUUCACCAUGAGCACAGUUGCCCAAACCACAAUGGAAGAAAUCGCAGCCGCAGUCCCAAAAUCGCCCAGAUGGUUCCAGCUCUACUGGCCCAGUGACGAAGAGAUUACGGCUUCUCUCCUGAAGAGAGCCAAGGACAAUGGCUUCACAGCGCUCGUCGUAACCCUGGACACGUGGACGCUUGGGUGGAGGCCGCACGACCUGGACUUUGCCAACAUUCCCUUCCUCCUGGGCGAGGGCUGCGCGAAUGGGUUCGCAGAUCCUGUCGUUAGACGCAAGUUUGCGGAGAUGAGCGAUGGCGGAACACCCGAGGAUAAUGUCAUGCAGGCGUCGUUGUACUGGAUCGGCGAGGCUUUCCCCGGAAAGUCUCACGCUUGGGAAGAUAUCAAGAUCUUGAAAAAGUACUGGGACGGGCCCAUCAUCCUCAAGGGAAUCCUCAGCGUCGAAGAUGCCGAGCUGGCUGCUGAGCAUGGUGUGGACGGCAUCAUUGUCAGCAAUCACGGCGGCCGCCAGAUUGACGGCACCAUAGCUACUCUGGAUGUGCUCCCGGAGAUUGUCGAUGCUGUCGGCUCCCGGCUGACCGUCAUGAUGGAUUCUGGCAUCCGCACCGGCGCCGACAUCGUCAAGGCCCUUGCUCUUGGAGCCAAAGCCGUCCUAGUUGGGCGGCCGGUGGUUUACGGACUGGGCAUCAAUGGCAAGGAGGGGGCCGAAGCAGUACUGGCUGGAUUGCUGGCUGAUUUGGAUCUGACCAUGGGCCUUGCCGGAGCGAAACGCGUGGCGGACUUGAAGAGGUCGCUGUUGCGGAGGGUCCAGUAUCCUGGAGAUGUCAAGUCGAAUCUUUGA